GUUGUAAGGCAAAAUUCCAAAAAUAAAGGCAAUAUACUAUACCUUUUGGCUUGGAUCGAAGAAAAAAAUUACCGCUCUAAAAAAUGUCGACAAGAACGCGUUGGGGACGAGUCGAUCCCACUGUCCAAAUCAAUUUAAUCCACGGUCGUUCCAGCAAAGUGGUCCAACUGAACAAUAAGACGCUGCCACGACGUGUGGAGCAGCAAUUGCUGUUGAUGGCCUCGCCGUCGCCGUUUCUAAACUUCAUGAACAAGUUCCGCCUCGAUGAGAUAUUGAUCAAUCAUCACUAUAAGGGCGUCUAUAGCAUGCGCACUGCUGCCACAAUUACGGAACUGGCCACAUAUACGUGGAAUGUAAUGUCCAUUGGCGAUCGUCAGCCGUACAUUAAGCUGGCCAAGAAGGCGCAACAAAUACAACGAGCCCGUCGUCUUGACUUCCAAAAGCAGGAGGCAAAGCGUGGCACGAAGUCGUCGCUGAAGAAAGCCAUGACAACAGUGUCUCGGAAAAAGGCAGUCUAAUGGCACUAAUGGCAUUAAAUUGUGGACGUUCAAUUUAUUAUUAACUAGUAUUUAGUAUAGGUUUUGGCUCUGUUUAUGAAAUGAAUGCACUUUUGAUUGACCCUA